GAGAGGGACUAGAUGUAUGGUGUGUGUGUGUGUGUGUGUGAUUCAGUGAGCAGAUUGUGUUUAUAUCUCUCAGAGCUCUGACUCUCAUGGCUCGCGCACUCUGUUUACUGUUAAAUUACUGCUUGGUUUCGGUCACAUUUUUGGGCACGUCUGCGCAACUGACCCCGAUUGAAGAGGUCAUUUUGGACUCUACUUCAGAUGGAAAUCUGCAAUGGAUACCUGAGCCACCCAGUGCUUGGCAAGUGAUUAAAUUAAAGCUGGGACUGCCCUCGGCUCACUCUGUCUUCCAAGGCUGUGAAGCAAAACUUAAUAACACACUAAAAACACUGUGGAUUAAUUGGAUUGCAAAGAAGGAUGCCCAUGAGCUUCGGCUGGACCUGCUUUUUGCUCAAAAUGACAAAAUACCUGUCAGAAUUCACAUACUGGAGUCUGAUAUACCAGUGGAAAAUCUACACACUGGUCCAGAGCGAGAUGAGACUGUAGCUCCACAGGCAUUUACUAAAUCUAGUAGCCCUCAAGAUGUGGAGACACACCUGUAUAAUGCUCAAGGUCUAGACUUGGGAAAAGUCACAAAAAAUGGCUUUCAUUUGGGUUUCACCUACAGUGGAUCAUGCAUGUUUAUUUCCUCCAUACGGGUCUUCUACAUGAAAUGUCCAGAGCUUACAAUGAACCAGACUCGUUUUGGAGCAGUGUCAGCGGGAUCAGGAUUGAUCAGAGGCCAGUGUGUGGAUGGAGCAGAAGAAGUGUCUACCCCAAAGAUUGUGUGCAAGUCUAAUGGAGAGUGGAGUGAAAUGCAACGAUUCUGUGUCUGUGGAGCUGGUUAUCAAACAGAAGGCAACAUAUGUAAAGCUUGUGGUCUGGGAACCUACAAAGCUGCCAAUGAUAGUGGAGAAUGUCAGCUUUGCCCAUACAAUAGCAGAACGUCCUCAGAAGGUGCUUCAGAGUGUGAAUGUGAAAAGGGAUAUGCCCGACUGCAGGAUGACCCACCACAACUAGGCUGUACAAGAUCUCCAUCAGCACCACUUAACUUAACUAUCCAUCACUUCAGCAACAAUGCCCUGAUUCUGAACUGGGCCAUGCCUGCAGAUCUGGGUGGAAGACCAGAAGUGAUGUAUGAUGUAGAGUGUAGACAAAAAACAAAAGAAUCUCAUGAGACAUGGAUUCCAUGCAAAAAUACAUUGUUAAUAAGGCCACAAUCAAGGGAACUGACUGAAACAAUGGCCAACAUUACUGGAUUACAUUCACAUAUGAGCUACCAGGUUUCUGUCAGAGCAUACAACAGAAUAUCUCAGAAACUGGGCACAUCUGGGUCUUCACAGUUCAUUAUAAUAGGGAAGACACCAGUAGUUGCCACCAGUGCUGUUCCUGUACCAACCCCUGCUGCCCAGGAACAGCUCAAAACCCCAGUGAUUGUCAGUGUGCUGUUUGUAAUACUGCUGGCUCUGAUACCAGCUGCCUUCUUUAUAUACAGAGGUUAUAACAAAUUCAGUAGGUUUAGAGAUGAAGUGGAGGUUGUGCCUUUACAUGAUGUUGGUACAACAUACAGACACCCUGAAGAACCACAAACUGCACCUCCUCAACAGACUACCAGCUCUGUUCAGAUUUUGGACAGUGUGAAUAGAAAUCUGCUGUCUGGUAUUAGAGACGUGUUGGUAGAUCGCAGCCGAGUCACACUGGGGAAAGAGCUUGGGAGAGGAGAAUUUGGGGCAGUCUAUGAGGGUAUAUUCUUAUCAGAUGACAAUGAGAAUAUCCAGGUGGCAGUGAAGACCAUGAGAGUUGGAAUUUACAGCCAGGAUGAUCUGCAGUCAUUUCUCAAGGAAGCUGAAAUUAUGCAGCACUUUGACCAUGAUAACAUUGUGAAACUGCUAGGUGUCACACUGGAGACAGUACAGGACUCGUCCAUUCCUGUUCCACGUGUCAUCCUACCAUUCUUGAAACAUGGAGACCUGAGACGAUUUCUUAUAGCCACCCGCUAUGGUGACAUUCCUAUGUUCGUGCCUCAUCAGAGCCUUCUACGCUUCAUGAUUGACAUUGCUUCAGGCAUGGAAUAUCUCAGUUCCAAGGGCUUUUUGCACAGAGAUUUGGCAGCACGCAACUGCAUGUUGGGAGAUGAUCUGCGUGUUCGGGUAGCUGACUUCGGCCUGUCCAAGCAGAUCUACAGCAGUAACUAUUACAGACAGAAGGUUGCUAUUCGAAUGCCAAUCAAGUGGAUGGCUGUGGAGAGCCUUUCGGAAUCUAUCUACACCAGCAAGAGUGAUGUGUGGUCCUUCGGAGUAACCAUGUGGGAAAUUGUGUCCAGAGGAAAGACUCCAUAUCCCGGCAUCCCCAACCAUGAGCUUCUGGAACUGCUGGAGAGUGGGCAUCGCCUCAGACAGGGGGACUGUGACAAUAAACUAUAUGAGGUGAUGCUUAGCUGCUGGCACAAAGAGCCCUCUAAGCGGCCUUGUUUUGCAAAGCUGGCUCGGAUACUCAAAGCUCUACUGUGUGAGCUUCCGCCCUUGGAGCCCAGUAAAGAGAACUACUACAUCAACCAGGGCCUGGAGGCAGCCAACGCCACCCAGAGCAGUGCUGCAGAGCCUGACCCUGAGGGAGCUGCAGGAAACAUUUACUUGCCCUCGCCAGUGGGCAAAACAACCUGUCCUGCAGAAAAAGAGGAGAGGAAGGAAACCGCAGAAGAUGGAUAUCUACUAUGCAGUACAAGUGGCAUAUAGACUGUCAAAAAUGAGAAAAACAAGGGACACAAACAGAAUUAAAGUGUUAGAUUUGUGUAUAUAUAUUUCGCAAGCUUUUUAAAUGAGACUGAAACAACAACAGGACAUGCUGCCUGCUGUAAAAUGUUUGAAAUGCAAAAAAAAUAUAUAUUUUUUUUAAUAUAAAUGUAUUCUUAAUAGCUGA